UUUUGUAAAACCGUUUUUAUUUGAAAAGAAAAAAAAAGAUUAAAAUUUAGUGCUUUGCUGUCAAAAAUCGCACUCUGUCGGACGUUUUAUCAAAAUCGCAUCGCGUCGUAUCGUAUCGUGAAAGUGCUUGUCAGGCUUUUGUGUUAAAAGAAAAAGAAAUGGAUGCGGAAUUGAACGAUCGAUUGAUAAAUUACGUGAAAAUCCAUCCAAUGCUCUGGGACAAGGCUUGCAGGGCAUAUCGCAGUAAGAAGCUAAAUGGUAGAGUAUGGGCUGAGAUUGCCGAACAUCUCGGAACAACGGUAAAACAAGUUAAGAAGAGAUAUAGAUCACUCAGGGAUACCUUCCGUCGGUACUUAAGGGAAGUGAAGAAUGCAGAGAAUGCUGGACGGGUACCUGAAAAAAUUUACUGGGCACAUUAUGAGCAGAUGUCCUUCCUGGCCAAUCACAUUGGUGUGAGGAAUUCAGGUGAAGAUGAUGACUACGUAGAGAUGGAGCCCAAGGAAGAAGAAAAAGCACAGGAAGAUGUUUUCACAAUGUCACCCUUUGAGUCAUCAAGUCCAGAACCUGAAGGAAUUUCCGCAGUGCCCGUGGUUAAAGAGGAAGUCACACCUGCAAAGAGACAGCGGUUGGACUUUGAGGAAGAUUCCAAUGAUAUUUUUGCCAAAGAUCUGGAAAUAUUAAUUGAAGAUGAGACGGAGUCCUUCAUGGCAUUCUUAGCCACCAAAGUCAAGAGGGCCAAGUUGACCAAGGAUCAGAUAGAUCAAUUCCAAAUAGAUACUCUGAAAUUUGUAUCUGAUAAAUUGGGAGAAUUCACUAAAGAGUAAAAAAUCAUUCCCUCUAUAUAUUCCAAAUUAAAAACCAAUAAAUAAACAAUGAUUUUGUGCUUAAGUUA